AUGGAGCGGGUGGAGGUGUUCAAACAGUUUUCUUCGGCCUGCUCUGGAGUGCUGCUGUGCACGGACGUGGCAGCUCGAGGCCUGGAUCUGCCUCAGGUCUCAUGGAUCGUGCAGUUCACUGCUCCAAUGUCAGUGGCUGAGUAUGUGCACAGAGCCGGUCGGACAGCACGGGCGGGGCACAGCGGACACAGUCUGCUUCUGCUCGGACCACAUGAGACCGCCUUUAUCCCAGAACUCAACCGGCACCGUCUGGACCUCGAGCCUCUGCACCUGACCCCACUGCUGUCCGUGCUGCUGAAGGACGACCGCUAUAGAGGGAGGGGAAAUUACUACAGCCAGACUUCAGAAAAGGCUCGAGAGCAGGAGAUCAAGGAGAGAGCCACCGUUCUACAGACUGAGUUUGAAAACUUUGUUCACUCCGACCCACAGAGAAUCAGCGGUGCUAAGAAAGCUCUGCAGGCUUUUCUGCGGGCCUACACGACCUACCCAUCUCACCUUAAACACAUCUUCCACAUCCGUCACCUGCACUUGGGACACAUGGCCAAGAGCUUUGGACUGAGAGAUGCCCCCAGAGGUCUUGGAAAUGUCGCCCGGAGUUCCAAGAAUAGACUGAACAAGAAAGGCAAAACAGGAAAUGCAUCGCAAUGGAGUAAGGAGCAAGGAGCAAAGAAAAGGUGGAGCGGCUCUCACAGAGAUUCAGAACUGCUCUGCUCAGAGUUUUCCUCUGGGCUUGAAUCCAAAACUAAGAAGAACCGCACAAAGAGUCAACCCGCGGAAUCAUGA